AGAAGCACCGUUGGAAGUUCGUUUUGUUAUUUAUUUUUUUCAAACGUUUCGAAUUGAAUUCAAAACCUCCUGUUUUAUUUUUUGCUGAAUGAGACAGAAAUCACAAUGUUGUUGAACUGCACAAGGCUGACACACAGCUGCACGACUCUCCGGGUCUCGCAAAUCAGCCAAAUAAGGUCGCCCACAUCAUAUAAUCACCAUUUGGGAAGGUGUCUUCAUCGACGCACAACCAGGACACUUCCGUCUCCGCUAAGCCAGCCACACAGAACCCCUGUGGAAAAGCACCUGCUCCAAACGUUCCGUAUGCCGUGCAUGCGCCGUGGAUUCGCCCAGAGCACAAAGUGGUUGGCCAAGAAUGCAAAGGCUGACGCACCACCUCCGGUCGGACUUGUCCCUGCGCCAUUGAAAAUGGGCAGGUCUCAAUAUGGACGCCUGCUCAGUCUGACAAAAUCGGAAAAGUGGGUGCUGUCUGCCGGAAUCGGAUGCCUGGUGGUCUCUUCGGCCAUUACCAUGUCGGUUCCCUUGUUUCUGGGAAAGGUCAUCGAUGUGGUAUUUAAUAAAUCGGGUUUAGAUAGUGCCGCCAUGGCCAAACUUGGUGAAUACUCACUGCUGCUCUUCGGAAUCUUUGUGGUAGGCGGUUUCGCCAACUUUGCCCGUGUCCAUCUGUUCGGAAACGCGUCUCUCCGCAUAGUGCGCAAUCUGAGAGCCCGUCUGUAUAGAUCCAUGCUGAUGCAGGAGGUGGGUUGGUUCGAUACCAAGGGAACCGGCGAACUGAUCAACCGGCUGAGCAACGACACCAUGAUGGUGGGCACAGCUCUCAGUCAAAAUGUCUCCGAUGGCCUUCGAUCCUUGGCAAUGAUUGGCGUUGGCACGGCCAUGAUGAUCUACACUUCUCCUCAAUUGGCGGCCGUGAGUGCCUUGGUUGUGCCUGCGAUGGCUGGCAUCGCCAUCGUCUACGGCCGCUAUGUAAGGCGGAUCACCAAAAUGGAGCUGGACAAGUAUGCGGAAAUAAUGAAGUUUUCGGAGGAGCGGUUCGGGAAUGUGAAGACGGUGAAGACCUUCUGUCGGGAACAGCAGGAAGUAACCGCAUUCGAUGACAAGCUAGAUGAGGCUCUGCAGAUUGGCUAUAAAGAGACACGCGCCAGAGCCAUCUUCUUUGGAUUGACUGGCUUCUGCGGCAACUUCAUCAUAAUAUCAGUGCUGUAUUAUGGAGGGACCUUGGUUUUACAAGACUCCCUGACCAUCGGAGCUCUGACGGCCUUCAUGCUGUAUGCCGGCUAUGUGGCCAUCUCGAUGAACGGGCUGUCCAACUUCUACAGCCAGCUGAACAAGGGCAUUGGCGCCUCGGAACGGAUUUGGGAGAUCCUGGACAGGGAGUGCACGAUACCCAUUGACAAGGGCAUCGUUCCACUGGAAAAAGCCGUCGGGGAGGUGGGCUUCCAGAACGUCUACUUCACGUUUCCCACGCGUCCGGAGUCCGCAGUGCUCUCCGAUUUCUCGCUGAAUCUGCUGCCGGGAAAGACCACAGCGGUGGUGGGCCGUUCUGGAUCCGGCAAGACAACGAUAGCCUUGCUCAUGCUGCGAUUGUACGAUCCCCAAUCGGGCACCGUCAUGCUGGAUGGCAUGGAUCUGCGCACGUUAAAUCCACAGUGGCUGAGAAACAACAUCGGUGCUGUCAGCCAGGAGCCGGUGCUCUUCUCCUCCUCGAUCCGCGAGAACAUCCUGUAUGGCGCCAAUCCCGGCGAGCAUCCCACCGAGGAGCAACUGCAGCGUGUCGUUGAGGAGGCGAAUGUCAGCCAGUUUACCGACCAACUGCCGGAUGGCCUGGAAACGCUCGUCGGCCAGCGGGGAAUGAUGCUGAGUGGCGGGCAGAAGCAGCGAGUCGCCAUCGCCAGGGCGCUGAUUAAGAACCCCGCCAUUCUGAUCCUUGACGAAGCCACCAGUGCGCUGGACGCCGUUUCGGAGCAGCUGGUGCAGAAUGCGCUGGACAAUCUGGUGCAGGGACGCACCGUACUGACCAUUGCCCACCGACUGAGUACGAUACGAAACGCGGAUCAGAUUGCCGUGCUGAGCGAGGGAAGGAUCGUGGAGCAGGGCACCUACAACGAACUACUGGGCAUCCAGCAGGGCGUCUUUCGGGAACUGGUGGCCAGCCAGGCGUUCGCCGGCCAGGACUGAGGACUUGAAGUCGGGUGCUAGGGUGCGGUAUUUUAGGUUAGGCGGACUAGACAACUUUAGAUUAGAUGUGGGCCCACCGCUGGUUGGUGGUGGCCCCUUUGGUGCAACUGUUACCGGGCUAUGUGUUCAUAAAUCAAUUGUUUUUAUUUCUUUGUACAAUACACACGAUUGACCAUUGUUAAAGAUA